UUCUCUUCUCUUCCCACCUUAAAGUCCGCAACUUUCACUCACUCUCACACAAACCACACUGAAUUCUCAUCUGGGUCUCAUUUAUUCUAUCUAUUUUCAACAAAUUUCCAAGAAAAAAGCUUUAGUCAUUUCUUGUGGAAACUGGGUUUCUGUUUGAUGCGGCUUUACUGGAUUUUUAGUUCUCAUUAGUAAAGUUUGGUGGCAAAUGGGUUCUUAUACGUUCGUGUUAAAAGUAGACUCUUUAUUGAUUCGUUCAUCCUUAAUCUUUGUCUCUGCAAUGUUUUUUUUUUGGGGUUUAGGGACGUUAACACUGAUCUUGAACUUUUUAUUAGAUGUUUACCUGUUGAAAAUGUUGAAUCCGAAGAAAAACUUCUAAUUUCUUCAAUUUCAGCAAAUUUGUGUAUUAGUCUCUGUUAUAUACCUCAAACUCUUUGUCUUUCUUCAGAUGGCUCUUAUAGUUGCCAAAGAUGGCAACUAUAGUCCAAUGCAGAUCUGUUGUCCUGUUAAUGAUCUAUAGAAACCUUUUUCAAUCGAAUGAAAAAAAUGAUAUCUGUUGUUUUCUUGACAGGGAAAUCCUAUCUGUGGAGUAAUUGAAGAAGACAUGGAAUUUGCUGAAACAAAUUGUUCAUCAGGCUAUCAGAAGCCUCCAUGGUUAUUUAAGGGCAGUGCAUUGUACCAGCUCCAUCUUGUGAAAUCAGAAACCGCUCGUGCCUUCAUCCCAAAAGAGUGCAGAUUAGUUGAAGCUUUUGGAUAUACUUUAGGAGGGUUUUUUCUUGCCAGCUAUGAUCACAGUCCGGCUGGGAUCUUUGACGAGCUUGUCGUGGUUGCAGGAAUUGUCUGGAACCCCCCUACAUCUUGCGCAUGGGCAGCAAGAGUGCUUGUGAGCAGCAAUGACGCUUGUGAUCAUGGACGAAAGGAUGUCGGGCUUCCAAGUCACGUUGCCAGGUUUUCAAAGAGGAUCACCGUGACUCCGACGAUGACGAAGCCCAAGAGCAAAUAUGGUGGUCUUUCAAAGUCGAUCGGUUUGGAUGCCACUCUCAGUAGUCCAGAAGAUGGCAUGGAUAUUCGAGUGACAGAAAUCAAGGGUGCUUCUGCAACAGAUAUCUGUAGGAUCAACCUCACAACUCUUGUUCCUGGGUUGAAAUCAAACAAAUGGAUGGGGCCACAAAUAAAAAUGACCCUUCCAAGUUUUAGUGGCCGGACAGAGUAUAAUCCCAACCUUUUGAAAUACUCUUGCCAUAUGGAUUGCAGGGUGCGCACAGUUCAGCCAGUGAAGGUGUUAGGUCCAUCUCUGGGACUGGAAAUCGACAGAGAACAAUCUCCCGAAGACCCUUGUUGCAAGAACAUGGGAUCUAUUACAAGUGGAGAUGAUGGAAGAGACCUAAGCAUAUCUGUGAUGUUGUCAAGGCCUAUAAUAGCUUUGCAGUUCAGUUGCCUAAAAAUGACAGUUGAAGCUCCAGUUGUAAUUUCUAACUGCUCUCGAACUACUUGAUCAGUUUUAUGCACUGUUGAUUAAGUUGAUUAAUGAUAUGCUUUGACAUGCUAGGGAUUUCAGUGAA